AUGCUGACUGGGUUUGAAAGCACAGAUGAUGUAGAAUCGUCCAAAUUGUCUCCUGCCUUAGUGUUGGCACAGCUGCUUGCCUUUAACUCGGCUAAAAACAGGAAAUCAACUAGAGUCUUUUGUAAUAAUGCAGAUCAUGAAACACCAGUAGCCAUAUAUAUUGCAUUUCUAAUUCAUUCGAAGACUAGAAGCAAGGACUUGGUGAACAGACUUCACUCUCUUGGGUUAUGUAUCUCUUAUGACCGCCUUUCAACUUUAUCGACAUAUCUAGGGAACAGUGUUAUCGAUCAGUUUGACAAAGAUGGACUGGUAUGUCCUAGCUCGUUGAGAUGCAAUCUUUUCACCACACAAGCUGUUGACAAUAUCGACCACAACCCAAGCUCUAGGACCGCGAAAGAUUCGUGGCAUGGCACUCACUGCCAUAUCUACCUCUCAGCAUCUCAAAGACAAAGAUGAUGGAACUUUUCGGCCGUCUCUUGAUUUGCAGAAAGACAAACUACAAUCAAAGUUAUUAAAGCAGCUUCCUACAGAGUACACUUCCAUUUUGCCAUGUGUCCUGAAGAAGAAAGACAUAGUCACGCCCACUAAAACUGGAGCAAGUCAGGAAGUGAGUAUUGCAUUAUCCUUUGGCUUUGUUACAUCAGUCUGUGGUGAGUUUAGUGUCGGCCAUGGUAACAACAGCAUUCAUAAAAAUUCAACCUAAGAUUGAUGUUCUUAAACACUGCGGCCAGCGCUGAACCCUUGUAGAUGUAUUUUAAAGUAAUUGCGUUCGUUUUCAGGUGAUUGGCUCAGUGGAAGUGGUUGGGUUCAUUUGCUGGUGUUAUCGAAAGUAGCCACGCCAGGGAAGGCCAAUGCAAUGCUAACUGCUUUCUCCAACAUCACAUUUUGUCGUUAUCUCCAUCAAGUUACAGCAUGUUAG